CCUCAGCUGUGCCGCCGCGUCAUAUCUUCCAACACAGUCCGAACUUCCUCGCAUGCCUCUCCGGGCGGCCCAUCCACUAUAGCUGCUCAUAUCCAAUGAGCAUUUUUCACCGGGCGCCACCGGAAACCUUCCCGCGGCUCAUUGUGGAGAGAACAAGCAGAGCUGGGCGUCAUGAAUUAAAGAAAAGCCUGCAUUUGCAAAUCUGAUCACCAAACCCCGCUGCAAGUGUGGUGUGGUUGGACCAGCGGCAGCAGAGCUGUUGCAGUGGAGAUGGUUUUGGACCCGGGUGAGGACUGUAUGGAUCGGACGGACGUCGACGGGGUUGGAGGGAGCAGCAGCACCACAGACCUGACGGGUCCAGAACCAAGACCGGACCCUCGCAAAACCACCACAACCGACAGCACCGGACUAGAAAACACCAGCCCAGAGCCUCCCAUAACCAACAGCACCAGACUAGAAAACACCAGCCCAGAGCCUCCCAAAACCACCAACAACAACAGCACCAGACUAGAAAACACCAAACCAGAGCCUCCCAAAACCAACAGCACCGGACUAGAAAACACCAAACCGGAUGCCCCCAAAACCACCACCAAUACCAGACUAGAAAACACCAGCCCAGAGCUUCCCAUAACCAACAGCACCGGACUAGAAAACACCAAACCGGAUGCCCCCAAAACCACCACCAACAGCACCCCCACUAAAACAGAAGAGACCAGGCCUGACACUACCAAAACCGCCAAAAGAACAGAGGAACCAACAGCGGAUCCUCCCACCACCACCAACACUAGGCUCCACGCCAGGACAAGCCGUGUCACUAAGAGGGAGCGGGUAUCCAACUCCCACAAUGGACCCCAGCCUCAACCUCAGUCGUUGGUGGCAGAUGUCAGCCUUACCCCCAGCCCUAGGUCCAGUGUUGGCUCCUCUACCAACUCCUAUCGCUCAGUUUUACCAUUCGAUGGACCGGUUGUCUCUCUGCGGCGGGACGUCACCGUGGCAACGGCCUCGUCUCGGAAUAAGGUGGCGACCAGACCCGCUCUCCACCGGCCCCUCAGCCUGGACGUGACGCCUCUGCGCCUCCGUGGCUCCGAGCCCGCUCUGGACCGUGGGGUCCUACAACCCCCCUGGCGCAGCGCUGGGGGUCCCUCCACUGCCCCCUCGCCCCCAGCACGCUCCCUCACCAGCCCCAGCCUGGGCCCCGGAGGCUGGAUGCGCCGCAGCGAGAGCACCUGUACCGUCAACAACUCCUCAAUGGGCCUCCGGGCCACCAGGGGGCGUAUGCGUCCAGCCACCUCCCUUCCCCACAUUGCCCGGGGGUUUGGAGGGGCCUCCCCGCUGCCCUUGCCCUCCACACCACGAGGCCCCUGUCUCCUUGUGGCCCUAAGACCCAUUAACCUAGACCAGGAGAGGCAGGCCUUCUUCCAGUCCGACUAUAAAUACGACCCCCAGUUUGAGUACUCGACCCCGGAGCCCAGCGCUGUGCUGGAGAAAUACAAAGAUGGAUCUGACCUCUUCCUUGCACAGGCUGUUGGGAUUAUGGAGUGUAUUCUGAGGAAGUUUGGUAACUAUGAGAACUUUGAGGAAGUGACGGGAGGAAGUAUUUUACCAAAGAGUCGAGUCUGGGCUGCUGCACGCAAGUACCUGCAGAAGGAGAACUGUGUAGGAGAGGUGGUGGUGUGUCUGUCUGAUGAGCUGCUGUCCCAGGCGGUGAUGAUGGUGGAGAGUUGUCGUCCCACUCUGACUAUCAACCUGUCUGGAGCACGACAACACUGGCUGGAGGGCAUGCUCAGGCAUGAGAUAGGAACCCACUACCUUCGAGGUGUGAACAACAACCUCCAGCCCUGGUCUACUUCCGCAGGCAGGAAGCAGUAUGGCCUCAAACCGGCCAAUCCCACGGAAGAAGGCCUGGCCAGCCUGCACAGUGUGUUGCUACGGAAACAGCCCUACCUGUGGCGCGCCGCUCUGCUCUACUAUACGGUGUAUCACGCCACCAGGAUGGGCUUCAGCCAGCUCUUCAGCCACAUCGCUCAGUUCGUCCAGGAUCCCGCGGUGCGCUGGGAGUACUGCCUCAGAGCCAAGAGGGGACAGACGGACACCUCGGAGCCUGGCUGUUUCAGUAAAGAUCAGGUGUACCUGGACGGAAUCCUCAGGAUUCUACGACAUCGGAGGAACAUCGACUUCAAGAUGCUGACCUCGCUAGGCAAGGUGUCGUUUGAGGACGUAGAAAGGCUACGGCACAUCGCUGUCCUGCGCCGGACCAGAAUCCCUCACUUCAUGCAGGACCAGGAGAAAUACCUUCAGAAUCUGGACCACAUUGUCACGGUCAACGAACUGAGCGACGCUCAGCUUAGAGAACUCCUUCCCUGACCGACCGACCUUCAGCUGAGCGUCGCAGUAGAUCACCUGCUGGGCGUCAACAAAGGUGGCGAUUCAACAUGUAGAAUGGUCGGGAAAUGAAUAGAAAAUCGCGGAUGAUGUUCGGUGGUCAGAGGUGUUAAGAAUGGUCACCUGCUGCUAAUUACCUCUGGUCAGCGUGGUCUGUUUUCCCCUUGACUGACUGACCCCCUCUGGUCUAGACUGGCCAUCCAUCCUUGACUGACCCCCUCUGGUCUAGACUGGCCACCCAUCCUUGACUGACUCCCUCUGGUCUAAACUGGCCAUCCCAUCCUUGACUGACUCCCUCUGGUCUAGACUGGCCAUCCCAUCCUUGACUGACUCCCUCUGGUCUAGACUGGCCAUCCCAUCCUUGACUGACCCCCUCUGGUCUAGACUGGCCAUCCCAUCCUUGACUGACUCCCUCUGGUCUAGACUGGCCAUCCCAUCCUUGACUGACUCCCUCUGGUCUAGACUGGCCAUCCCAUCCUUGACUGACUCCCUCUGGUCUAGACUGGCCACCCAUCCUUGACUGACUCCCUCUGGUCUAGACUGGCCAUCCCAUCCUUGACUGACUGACCCCUCUGGUCUAGACUGGCCAUCCCAUCCUUGACUGACUGACCCCUCUGGUCUAGACUGGCCAUCCCAUCCUUGACUGACUCCCUCUGGUCUAGACUGGCCAUCCCAUCCUUGACUGACUGACCCCUCUGGUCUAGACUGGCCAUCCCAUCCUUGACUGACUCCCUCUGGUCUAGACUGACCCUAAUCCUCCCAAGUGUCAUUCAUCACUGCUGUUGGAAAGCCCUGGAAAUGAAGGCCAGUGUCCGACAGACAGAGUGUGUGGAACGAACAGAUCAACACUCAGAUCAUAUCUACUACGAUUGGAUCAUAUUCACUAUGGCUGGGGCCUAAACAGCAACCUAUUCUCUGUAUAGAGCCCUAUGGACCUUGUUCAACAGUAGUGCACUACCCUAUGGGCCCUGGUCAACAGUAGUGCACUAACCUAUUGGACCCUGGUCAACAGUAGUGCACUACCCUAUUGGACCUUGGUCAACAGUAGUGCACUACCCUAUGGACCUUGGUCAACAGUAGUGCACUACCCUAUGGACCCUGGUCAACAGUAGUGCACUACCCUAUGGACCCUGGUCAACAGUAGUGCACUACCCUAUGGACCCUGGUCAACAGUAGUGCACUACCCUAUGGACCCUGGUCAACAGUAGUGCACUACCCUAUGGACCCCGGUCCAAAGUAGUGCACUAUAAAGGGAACAGGCUGCCAUGUGGGAUGCAUCCUAUAUCAUGGUCAUACAGUCCAACAGGUCAGUGGAUUGUUGUGAUGACAGCAGUCCUGCAGGGAAACAGAACAGUUCUUCUGAUACCUGGAUGACGUCUCCCAACCCCCUGGAUGAUGUCUACCUUGGGGUUCAUAUUCAACCCCCUGGAUGAUGUCUACCAACCCCCUGGAUGAUGUCUACCUGGGGUUCAUAUUCAACCCCCUGGAUGAUGUCUACCUGGGGUUCAUAUUCAACCCCCUGGAUGAUGUCUACCAACCCCCUGGAUGAUGUCUACCUGGGGUUCAUAUUCAACCCCCUGGAUGAUGUCAACCAACCCCCUGGAUGAUGUCUACCUGGGGUUCAUAUUCAACCCCCUGGAUGAUGUCUACCUUGGGGUUCAUAUUCAACCCUCUGGAUGAUGUCUACCAACCCUCUGGAUGAUGUCUACCUGGGGGUUCAUAUUCAACCCCCUGGAUGAUGUCUACCUGGGGUUCAUAUUCAACCCCUGGAUGAUGUCUACCUUGGGGUUCAUAUUCAACCCCCUGGAUGAUGUCUACCAACCCCCUGGAUGAUGUCUACCAACCCUCUGUUUGAAAUGAAUUGUUUUUUAGUCAAAUAUAUGUGUUGUGGCUUCUUGUGGUCAAUUUGCAGUCUAUAAAUAAUUUCUAAUGAUGUUUUCCAAACCUCUGAACAUCUGCUGAAGAAUGUAAAAAUGGUUCUGUGGCUGAAUCUAGGUGAUGUUCCCCUGCUGUAACCACCAGCUAACCUGGCUACAAGGUUGAGCUCAGUUCAGGAAGUACACUGAAAUUCCAAUUCUCUUCAAUAAAAGAACAUUUGGAAUUUGGUUUACUUUCUCUAUUGACUGGAAUUGAAAUGGAAUUGAGCCCAACCCUGUCUGGCUGUAUCAUAUAAAAUACCCACUGGCCAAAAACUGGUUGAAUCAACGUUAUUACAGCAUUCCAACCAAAAGCAAAUGAUCUGCGAUGAAAUUCAAUCAAUGUGGAAAACUGAUUGGAUGAGAAAGUUAUCAACCAAUGGGAAUUUAGUCUAUUUUACACCCAUCUUUUAACCUAAAUCCAAUGUCAAUGGGAAUUUAGUCUAUUUUACACCCAUCUUUUAACCUAAAUCCAAUGUCAUUGUGACAUUUUUUGUUAAUUUAACAUUGGAUUCAUGUUAGUUGACAACUCAACCAAAUGUAAAUCAAAACUAGACACUGAACUGAUGUCUGUGCCCAGUGGGUACAUAGCCUACAUUAUACCACUGCAGCCCAGGUCUGUAAAACUGUGCUUCUGCUUCUUACACCUCUGGAAACAACCACAGGGUCAUGUCAUGGCAUUUGUAAGUUAUUUCAUGUCUGUUUUUAUUUUCAGGACAAAAACAAUGAAUGUCUAUGGUAUUAGUUCUGUAUCUCCUUUUUGUGGAGCUGAUUGUUUUAAGCGUUUAGCUUUGCUAAAAAGAACAACAAGGAGCACUCAGUUCUAUUCCAGAACACAGGUAAAGAACACCAAGGAGCACUCAGUUCUAUUCCAGAACACACGUAAAGAACACCAAGGAGCACUCAGUUCUAUUCCAGAACACAGGUAAAGAACACCAAGGAGCACUCAGUUCUAUCCCAGAACACAGGUAAAGAACACUAAGGAGCACUCAGUUCUAUCCCAGAACACAGGUAAAGAACACCAAGGAGCACUCAGUUCUAUCCCAGAACACAGGUAAAGAACACCAAGGAGCACUCAGUUCUAUCCCAGAACACAGGUAAAGAACACCAAGGAGCACUCAGUUCUAUCCCAGAACACAGGUAAAGAACACCAAGGAUUUAUUUUCCAAAAACCAGGUAAAGAAGACUAAAACUAUUGAGAGCCAAUAGACUCAUUCUGACUGGUCUGAAUGUUCACUUAAAAUAAAUCUUCCCUGGUAUUAGUUUCUACCACCAUUUAACAACACAUAUCUUAUUGUGUGGUUAAAUCAGACCCAGUUCUGAUUGUUAUUUUGUUGUGUUGAGCGAGAGCUCCCUUGGUGGGCUUCAAGCUCCCUUGAUAUCAGCGCUACUGUAUUAAUGUGAUGUGACUGAGCUGAAGGCCUGAGCUUCCCUUGCCUCCGCCUCACAUGGGAUCCUUUGUCUUCUAUGCCAGGUCCAUGGACGUUAUAGACCGCGUUCCCCUGCUCAGACAUUGCUGGACCAAUGGUUGAGUGCCACUUCAUUGACUGUGCUGUCGGGCACCAAACCGAUAUAACAUGAUGUGGUUAUCUGAUCGGUUAAACACCUAUCCAGGCGUUGUAAGAUCUGGAAUGCAUCAGCAACAUCUGGCCAGAGGAACACACCCAUAUAUAAAACGACAGGCCUCUGAGAUACGCUACUAUGGCAACCUUAAUUCAUACUGUCAGGCAGCCAAAGCUGACUAAUCACAGCAGCUUCCUCCUUUCCUAUGUUUGACAGGGAAUGUGCGUGAUUGGCUGUAGAGAAGAAAGGUGGUGUUGUGGGCGUGCCUUAGAUGGGUUUUCGAAUAGAACUCACCUGGGAUGCGUUCAGCAGGACACGACGUUGUGGAAUUGUGUCAGCUCUAUUCAUAGCAUUUCUCUCUGCAGUGUUCAGUGUAUUACAACCUGCUGAACGCAGCCCUGCUGAAGUUAGACUUCUGUAGACUGCAUUUUAAUCAUCACUCUUUUAUCAUUUGUAUUGCAUGAAUGUUGCACAUUUUAUGUUCUGGAAAUAAUCUGGGAUUCACAGAUUAUUUAUUAAAAACAACACAUUAAAACUGA